AUGGCAGCUGCCCUCCGAGACCAAAAGAUUGAUUUUGUAGUCUAUGACAAAAACCCCAAAGUUGGAGGUUUGUGGAGUGAUAACUACCCUGGGGCCAAAGUCCAGUCCACUUUUGAGCUCUAUGAAUUCCCAUGCAAACGAUUCCCCGAACGUAUCCGCAACCGCAAGGAGCCCGCUGCCCCCACGGCAGAGGAAGUGUGCACUUACCUGGAAGAGUUCAUCGCAGAGAAGAAGAUGGGGCACAAGUUUCGUUUCAACACCAAGAUUGAAGACAUUCGACCUGUGUCAGAGAACGAGUGGACUAUUGAAUUUGAUGAUGGAAAGAUGAAAACGUUCUCGUUUGUCAUCAUGUGCACUGGGAUUGUAUCUGUCAAGCCUCACAUGAUUGAAAUUCCCGGUGCCGCUGACUUUGAAUGGAACGGUGGAGAGAUCAUCCAUUCUUCACAGCGCAAAGGUGAGACAUUCCAUUACGAAGAUCAAAAAGUCCUCAUCAUUGGCAAUGGAAAGAGUGCUGUUGAUGCUGCCACUACUGCAGCCUUGAUUGCCAAAGAGCAGGGUGGCAAACCUCCAAUCCAGGUUGCCCGAAAGGCUGCCUGGUAUGUCCCUCGCUUCAUCGUGGGCACCUUCCAAUACAAGUGGCUCUUCCAUACCCGACUAGGGUCUUCGCUCCUCCCAAGAUACUAUGAGAGCAGCAAUUGGUUCUUGGUUUUCCUGCACCUCCUUUUUGCGCCUAUUAAAUGGUUCCUCUGGCGAAUCAUUGAGUUGUUGUUAUUGAUACAGUACCGUUUGCCAUGGCGCCUCCAGCCACGUUUAGGUACUAUCCUCCGAGGAACAUUGGAUGUGUCUGUCUUGAUCACAGAGGAGGCGCACUUGAAGAGACUACGCACUGGCGAAAUUGAUAUGAGAAUUGCCACCGUAGAACGUCUCACUGCUGACCGCAAGGCCAUCUUGAGUAAUGGUGAUGAAGAGCAUGUGGAUGUUGUGGUUCAGGCCACUGGUUGGAAGCUUGGAUUUGAUACGAUCAUGGACAGGGACACAGUUCUGAAAGACUUGGAUGUUGAAGAUGAUGGUCUAUGGCUCUACCGCAAUGUCUUGCCCCCUAAGAUCAAGGGCUUGGCAUUUGUGGGAUCGAACACUUUGACAUUCAUGAAUAUCUAUACCUCCUACAUCCAAGCAUACUGGCUGGCAGGCCUCUUGGCAGGUGAUCGACCUUGGCCAAAACGAAGCUACAUGGCACAAAAGGUUGAACAGGAGAAGGAAUUCAAACGCUACUUGUACCCCAAGCAUGUCCUGAGGGCAGCAUCUGUUGAGGCCUACAUGCAACACUACCAUGACGCGUUGCUGAAAGAGAUGAGUGCGAGAAAGGCGUUCACCAACUGCUUUAUUCGACCUUUUGCGGAUUUGUUGAUUCCAGUCACUCCUGCUUUGAUGGAAGGGACUCUGGAGCCUACCAGAGAAUCCAGAAGAGAGCGCCGUCGCAAUCGCUCAGAACUGAGAGACGAGAGCAAUAUGGGUGAUGGUAUUGGGCUUGACCAGUCCGGAAAUGGUUCUAGAAGCGGGAUGGGCAUAUUUGAGGGCUUUAACGAUGAGGUGGCGGCCACCGUGCCUGCCCAGAGUGCUUAG